UUUUUUUGGGGGGAAGAAUUGGAAAGGAGAAAAGAAGGCGGCUAAACUUCUUUUCCCUGUGGAAUAAAUGAGAUAAAAUAGGACAUGAUAAUUUGAAAGACUUGUUAAUAUUGAUACAAACAAGUUCAAUUUAUAAUAAUGUUAGUCCAUAAGCCACGUGUGAAAUAAAGUAUUUGUAUUUGUAAUAGUUUAAGUAUCCUUCUUGUAAUGAACAAGCUUAUAGAAAAAUCCUUUCUAAUCGUUUCCACUAAUAAACGCAAAGUCCAAUUAUUUUUUCCUUAUAGAGAAUGCUGGUGUAAUAAUAUUUAUAUCUAUGAUAAGAUACAGAAUAAUAAAAUAAAAAGAGUAAUAAUAUAUAAUGAAAAUCUCUUGCUUUUCACUAUGAUGUAGAAGACGAUUUAAAUAUAUAGUUUAUAUUAUAUUCAUAC